CAUAUAUUCUUAGAAGUCCCGUAUAAAAAAGGGUAAAAAGCCUGUUAAUUAGAUAUGAGGAAGCCAUUACCAAGCACUCAUAUAGUUAAUACGGUCUGGCAUUAUUCGACAUCCUCUAAGUGCUCCAUUUUCUAUAAGGGUAUAAUUACAUUGUGUUUCUUUGUCUUAGAUUGUUCUUGGCCACAAGGAGUUGGCAAUGGUAAUAUGCCAGACUCUCAAAUAUCAGCCUCCACUUCAUUCAAUGAUCUUCAUCUUCCUUAUCAUGGAAGACUUGGUAACAUAGCGCCAAAUUCGUUAGGUGGGUGGUGUCCCUACAAAGAUGGAACAUCAGAACACCUGCAGUUCGAUCUUGCAGAUAUUAAAAAGGUGUCUGGUAAGUGUACCAUGACAAACGCGUACUAGUGGUAUGGUGGCCUGGGAACGAUAUGUGAGCAGGAUAUUUACUGUUGGUAAUCAAGAAUAUUUCAAA